CGCACUAGGCCCUCGUCGGCCUGAGGGGUGACGUUGCGCUCAUUAGGCCUUGAGCAGCCGAGGGAGGCGCAUCUCUGAGGCGGAACCGGGCCGCCCCUUGGUUCCUUUUGACGGUAGUAGUAGUCCUAGGUGAGGGAUGGCCUCGGCGUGACGUGAGUCGCCGGCCCCUCCGAGAGCGCCAUGGCUGCCUCGGGCUGGCAGGAGUCCCUGUCCCAGCAGGCCGAGGCGGUGUCGGCCCGGUUGAGGGAGGUGCUGUCGUCCGGCGCGGGCCUGCUGCGCACCGAGCUGGGCCUGGAGCUGCCGCCCGGAUGGGACCCUCAUCGCCUGCCAAGCUGGUUGCUGCUCCUCUCCUCGUCGCUCCUGGCGCUGCUGCUCCUGCUGGGGCUUCUCUGGGCCGCGGGGUGCGCCAGGGGAGGAGGGGGAGGAAGAGGGGGUCUCCGGCGGAAGCGCCUCAAGAGGGCAGCCGGGGAGGAAGAGGACGAGGACGACGAGGAGGAAGAGGAGGAGGAGGAAGAAGAAGAGGAGGAGGAGGAAGCCGCGACAAGGGCCACCAGCCUGGGCCUGGCAAGGGGCGGCCCCCCGAAUAAAGGGGCCCCCGGGACAGGAACGGCGGCGGGGCUCUUGCUGAAGGCGGAGGAGCAGAAGAAGCGAGCCAAGAAGAAGGCGCAGGAGAAGACGGGACGGCUUAAUGGUCAACCUGCUCAUGAAGUUUCUGAAGAGGAAAGAAUGCCGACAGUUCGAAGAGAGAAUCUAAAGCAGCCAUCAGAUGUGGAAAAGAAAACAGAAAAGUCAAAGAAGAAUAAGAAGAAGCAAAGGGGAGAUACUAAAACUGUUCAAGAUCAGUCACGUGUUGAUGGAAAAGAAGCAGAUGAAGGAGCUUGGGAAACAAAAAUCAGUAACAGAGAGAAACGGCAACAGCGUAAACGUGACAAGGUACUGACUGAUGCUGGGUCAGAAUCAAAUGUAUCAGCUGUAGAAAAUUCAGUCUCUCUGUCUGUGGAACCACUGACAUCUACAUCCUUUUCAGUUGGACCUAGAAAAAACAAAAGUGAUCCAAUUCUGAAUGUUCAAGUUAGUAAUUCUAAAUCUGGAAAAGGUGAUACUACCCUCCAGCAAGUUCCUUCUGGAUUGAAUGAAGGCCCCACAGUAAAUGGAGGCAACUGGAAUGAAAAGCCUGUAAAGCUUUCUCCUCAAAUUAACACAAGCGAGGAGAAAUGGACACCAGUAUCAUCUACGAAUAGCAAGAGGAAGAAUGAGACAUCAGCUUGGGGGAAAGAUGCUGGAGAUAAUGGAAAUGGAAAAGAUUGGGGAGUAUCCCUUGUGGGCAGAACCUGGGGUGAACGUACUUUGUUCCCUGGUAUUGCCUGGUCUGGAGUGGAUGGAAGAAUUAACACCCCUGAACAGAGUUCUCCUUCAUUUUCUUCUCUGGGGCUAAAUCCUGCAGUUUCUGGAUCAAGCAGUGAAUCUGUUUCCUAGCCUGGUACUACUGACUUCCAGUGGGAUUUAAACCGUAAUCAGGCACAUGUUGAUGAUGAAUGGUCUGGGUUAAAUGGGCUUUCUUCUGCUGAUCCCAGUUUGAGGAAUGCCCCAGCAGAGGAAUGGGGAAACUGGGUUGAAGAAAAGUCUCCUUCCAGUCCACAAAUGGAAGAAGCCUUGUCUGAGCCUCAGAAGAUGGAUGAGAAAGAGAAGCCAGAAACCAACUUGCAAAGUACAGCAAGUGGUAAAUCAAAAAAAAAAGAAAAGAAAAAAAAAGAAAAGCAGGGGGAAGAGGCUACCUCUCCUGCACAGGGAUGCGAUGAUCUGGAUAGACAGGUAGAAGAUUUCCAGAAGAUACCUCACAAGUUCAAAAGAGCAGAUACUUUCUCUUUAAAGACCAUCAGCACUAGUGAACAAGCUGAGCCUGAAGAGAUGCCCUCAUUUGCAGUUUCUACUGAGCCAUCUGUAACUGUAUCAGAGAGUGAAUCUGACAAGAUACCUUCCCAAGUGCCACAGAUGUUACAGGAGUUAGACGUUCCUAUUUCUAAUGUUAAGCAAAACAGUGUGCCUCCACCACGAGUAACUAAGUCUGAAGAGAGCUGGGAGUCCCCGAAACAAAUCAAAAAGAAGAAAAAGGCCAGAAGGGAAACGUGAAUUUUCUGAGAUGGACGUGUGUUGCAGAAACACUUGUCGUGAAGAUUAUGCUGUUUAUGCAAUAAUUUGUGAACCUGUACAGAAUUUUAUAUAAAUUUCAACAGAUUUUUUUUAAAAAAACAAACUGCUUUGAAAAAACCAUCUUUAAGAACAGGAACUGAAGGAGAAUGAGUUGGUGACAUACUUUAACAGGAAAUUUGACAAUACUGGAAGAUGCAUUGAAGAGUCUGUAUUUUCAACCCAUGGGGAAAUAAUUUUUAAGAAUCUUGGUAUCACAACAGUUAUCUCUUAAUUUAUGUAAUUUGAACAAAAAGGGUUGGUCGAAAAUUCCCUAAUCAUCUUUGAAGCUAGUGUGACAUGCUUGAAUGGUGCCCAUUCUAAAUUUGUUUAAUGUACAAAUCAAAGAAGUCUGAUUAAUCUGCCAUAUCUUUCUAAUAAUUAAAAGUAGGCUAACAUAAAGUAACUGUAGAGAAUGACUGGAGUUCUGGAAGCAUUUUCUCUUGAAUAGUCAUCUGCUUCAGAAUAUGUGCCAGAAUUAUGACUAGACCCAUUCAACAAAAUUCAGUAAAAAAAAUGAUUGUGGUUUAGAUGCAGAACUGUUAGGAACUGUUCAGAACCUCAGUACGGUUCAUGAAGUUGCUUCUGGUAGUCAUCUACUUGAAUUAUUCAAAUAAUAUAUUUUUUAAGAAAUUGGGCACGUGUGCUCAAAAUCGGCCUCAUGUUUUAUUCUUUUUUUAGGUAGUGGGUUAGUUGUUGCUCUUUAACCUUUAUUCCUCAUAAGUCUUAAAGUCAUGUUUAAUUUCUCUUCUGCUGCCCUACCCCACCUCCUUUUUUGGUUGAUUUAAUGUCUUCUUUUUUUAACUUCCAUAAACUCUUCAAAAGUGUGAUGGAGGAUGAAAGAGCGAAAUAAUGGCUUCAGACAGCUUUAAUUGACGUUGAGACCACCUGUAUCAGGAAGUGCUUUUUUUACUGCCUUAACCUAUGUAGAAUCUGCAUCUAGAGUUCUUAAAUGGGAUAAAUGUUGUUUUUUGUAUUUUUAAAAAAUCAUGCAAGUAAAGCAAUUGUAUAACAACUUUCCUCUUGGAAUGAUUGAUUAAAAUGGGAAUUGAGCUGCAUCAUUUCCAGGCACUGUGUAAUUACAUCACAUCAAGCAGGCAGGUAUCUGAAUAGUGCAUGCUCAGCCAUGUACUCUGUAUAUAGCCUUUACAAAAUGUUUGUGUGUGUUUAAAGGACCAUAAUUAACAUAACUUGGUGAACAUCUAUUAAAGAGAAGCCAUGAUUAUUUGAUGUAAUUGGCUUAGCUUUUUUUUUCUUUUGUGGCAGAGAAAUUGUAACAGCUGUAACCAAUGGUACUUAUUGACUUUCCCAUAAUGUCUCAUUGUAUACGUCUGAAAUUUUGGUAAAAUUAACUUGCAAUGCAAGAACAAUUAAAGCAACAAACUGGAUAUAGUUGUAUUGAAGACAAGCCUUAUUAAUUGAUAGUGUUCCUAAUGAAUACUAAUGUGCACAGGUAUUAACUCCUGUUUCAGGAACAUGGCAGAUGUUUACAUGUUCAGAUGUUUUUGUUUAAUUCAGUGACAUUUCUAAAUCAGUUUUGUUAAAAUAAAUUGAGCAAAUUGAUAGCAUUGUGUUAUUUAUGGGAAGGGAGUUUUACUUAGACAGUACUUUUAGCAAGAAUUAAUGUGUCCAUGAAAGUAUUAGUACUGAAAUACAGUUUUCAGCAUUUUUAGUGGUUAUUGAAUAUGUGAAAUCAUGUUUGUUUGCAUAAAUUCUUUCCCUUCUUCAUAGACGUUUUAGCAGAUUUGAUCCAUUUCCAGUAUUAAAAAAUUGACCUGCACUUCAUCAGAUUUAACUUUUUGAAAGGUAGGCAAAUGGUAAACAUGGUUCAGCAAAGCCAUGAAACAAAUUGCUUCUAAUUGUCUUAGGUAGUAGAUAGAGCCCUUAAAUGUUAUUUCCUCAAAAGAGUUUUCCAUCAUACCAAUCAUCUAUGGAAAACUGCAAAGUGGUAAAGGUAUAUCUAUAAUGAAAUAAUGUUAGAGGCAUUUUUUGUGGUUUUUGACAAUGAAGCCAUUUGUGGGAGCAUUUCAUAUGCCAUAGCAUGAUAAUGCUAAAUGAUAAGUUGAAGGUACCUUCUAACAUAAUACUGGCAAAAUUUAAUAAACUCUGCUUAAACCUAGACCUAUAGACCACAUUUCAUUAUCUCUUUGCCAAAAUAUGUCCCUUGUUUAAAACUCAGUCUUCAGCAGAAGUUGUUUAGGAUUAUUGUCUAGGAAAUGUAUGGAAAUAAUGGAUAGUUUCUCUGUCUUUGAGAAGCUUUCUCAGUCCCAGAAUAUUGUGGUAUAUAGAAAUUGGAUGGUAGCAAAUAUGAGAUACUUUCCCCAUUUAAAAAAACCUCCACUAAUUUCCAGUGCUUACCUUACUUAGUUUGCUGUGUAGAGCUAGGUGUGUCUAAGCCCCCCAGAAUUAAUGGGAUUUCACACUGGCUGCCAUGCACCCUAAAAUGCCCUUUAUCCACAUGCAUCACAGUCAUAAACUUUUAGGAUUUCUCCACUUUGAACUGCAGGAUUUCCCUCAGUCUUUGGUAUUGCACUUUUGUUCUAGCUGGAGUUGAAACUACAUCUUGGUCAUCCUUGAUGAAGGCAAUAGUAAAUGUCUGGUGGUCUCCAUAUGUGAUGAAGCAAAUUUCUAUUCAGAACCUGGAGAACAUGGGAAAUUUCUGAAUUGCACAAUGGAGGGUGACAAAAGAUGUUCAAAAUAAAUUGUGUUAAUGUAUAAGAACAAGCAUCCACAUUUGCACACAGUAGUUUACAAUAGCCUUUGGGUAGGGAUAGACUACUGUGAUCCUCCAAAUGUUUUAGCUCUGCAGCUCUCAUAAUUCCCUACUUACUAUUGGCUCUUUUUCUUGGGGCUAAUGGGAGGCUCACAUAUGUUCACCCCUGCUUUAUGGCCACCUUGUGGUGGAAACCAAGCCAGCUAAAUAUAUCCUCAUAAUGAAUGCACGGAAUGUUUUCCAAAGAGUCAUGUGGGUUUUGUAAUUUUUGAAAUUGUUUGUAUGCACAACUUUGCAAAAAAAUGUGGUAUGUAAUUAGGUAGUCAUCGCAUGCUUUAAUCUUCCUUGACUUUUUUCUUUUGGCGUUUUCUUAGGAAAAGUGUAUAGAAUUCAUACAUGUUUGUUACAGAGUUGGUGCAAGGUGGAUAGAAUAUGAAAACUGUAUUUCUGAUUUUUUUUUAAUUUAAAAGAAUUACAGUAGAUAGAUUUAUUUAAUUAUUUACUAAAGAAUGUAUACAUUAAAGUAAGUUUUCAAAACUUUGCAGAAA